AUGACCGUGUGGCUUUUGACGGCUGUCCUCCUUGUGGGUCAUGGUGGCGCCUAUCUCCCUUGCAAAUCUCUUUUCCAUCUGCCUGGCGACUUUAUUAUUGGCGGCCUGUUUCCAGUUCAUUACAACAGCACGUGGCAAAGGGGGACCCUUGAACCCGGACUGCCCUCAUGUACAGGCUUAAAUUCAUGGGGCUUUAGCCAGUUCCAAGCAAUGCGGUUGGCGGUGGAAGAAAUCAACAAUUCCUCCAGCAUGCUCCCCAAUAUCACCUUGGGGUACCAUGUGUGGGAUACCUGCCACGAGAAUAUUUAUUUGCAAGCCGCUCUGCAGCUCCCACAGGAUCAUCUGCUCAGUGUACAAGGAGGUUCCUCUAACAAAGUGGUCGCUGUCGUGGGACCUGAUGAGGCCGACAUGACGCUCCUGACCUCCCGGAUCCUCACUUUUUACCAUCUUCCGCAGCAAGAUUCCUGCACGAUUUUGUGUGACUGUCACCUCGAUUUUGUGUAUGUUGCCGUCAUCCACACCGUCUCGUUCCUGCAGAUGGCAACUAACAAACUGAGCAUGUACUUCUUACUUAAUUUAAAAUAUGGAUAUCCUACACUAAUAUGGGGGAGGUGGGUGUUCCUCUCCCGUCUGUGCAUCCAGAUCAGCUACAGUGCCAAAGAUCAGCGGUUCACUGACCAGAAUCUUUUCCCGCUACUGUUCCGCAUGGUGCCCAAUGAGAACCACCAGAUCUACGGGAUCCUUUCUCUGAUACAAGCCUUUGACUGGAAGUGGGUUUCUGCUGUGGGCAGUGGCACGAAAUCCAGCCAGAAAGCGAUCCAGACAUUGGUGGCCGAAGCCUCGGCCAGGAAUAUCUGCAUUUCCUACCAAGGGGUAAUGACGGGGUAUGAUGAGAUUUCGAAGAUCCAACUCCAGAGGAUUGUGCGGAACACUGUGAAAGCAAAAACCAACGUCACUAUCGUUUUUGGGGAAGAAGAUGCUGUCUAUCAAUUCUUCAUGACAGUCAUUGAGCUGAAUGUGAUUGGCAAAGUCUGGAUCGCGCCGGAGACAUGGGUCUUAUCUGAUUUCAUCGCCUCGAUACCGGAUAUCGGGAAAACAGGCACCAUCCUUGGCCUGACCAUCAAACCCAUUAAGUUAUUUCAGUUCACACGCUUUGUCGAGAAUGCUGUACGCUGCAGCACAUUGAGUAACGGAAGCAGCCAGUUGCUGUCUGGGCCCAAAAAACUGGCUGGAAUGGAAAGUUGCGGCCAAUCAUGUGACGAGUGUCACUUGCCAUCCCAUGAUCUAAAUAACAUUUUAAAGUCUUCCAUAUGGCACUGGUCCUUCUACUCUUACGCUGCCAUCUAUGCUGUAGCUGAGGCUCUUCAUAUGCGCCUCAGGUGUGAUACGGGAGCGUGUCAAGCAGACGAGGAGUUCGAACCUUUGCAGCUUUAUGAAUUGUUGUACCAGGUGAACUUCCCUCUGCAGAACUACACCAUCAAAUUCAGCUCACAAGGAGAUCUUUUCCUCGGCUAUGACGUGCUUACCUGGGCCUGGACAAAUGGCACACUUGCUCCCAAGACGAUUGGCAGUUUUAGUUAUGACGACCUGGACAUUGCUAGCAGCCAAAUUAGCUGGGCAACGCCAGAUGGCCAGGUUCCACAGUCGAUUUGCAUCACAGUGUGUGAAGAAGGCCAGAUCCGGAGCAAGCAAACUUUGGACGAAUGCUCGUGCCGCUGCGAAGACUGCCUGGAGGGGACCUACCCAAAUAAAACAUAUCUGGAUGUCUGCAUCCCUUGCCCGCAGGGCACCUGGUCGCCAAAGAAAAGCGACCGGUGCUUUCCCCCCACCCUUACUUUCCUCGACAUGAAUGACACCACGAUCGCCGCCUUGCUAACUCUGACCAUCGCCGAUUUCCUCCUGCUCUGCGGCUGCCUGCUGGUCUUCGCCGUCCACUGGCAAACCCCCGUGGUCAAAGCAGCGGGAGGCAAGCUGGCGUUCGUCAUGCUGGGCUCGCUGCUGGCGUGCUGUGCCACCACCAGCCUCUUUGUGGGCAGGCCCACCCCGCUCACCUGCCUGGUCCGGCAGCCCGCCUUCGCCAUCAGCUUCACCUUGUGCGUCUCCUGCCUCUUGGUCCGCUCCUUCCAGAUCAUCUUCAUCUUCAAGAUGGCUUGCAAGUUGCCCAUGAUCCACAAGUAUUGGCUCAAGUACCGGGGGACCUUCUUCUUCGUGGCCAUCAGCAGCGGGGUGCAGGCUGUGGUUUGUUUCCUCUGGCUCUUCUUUUCCCCGCCGUCUUUGCAAGCCGACGUGGUCAGCAAGAAGGAGACCUUCCUCCGGUGCUCCGAGGGCCAUUCCCUCGGGCUGGGGGCUGUGCUGACCUACAUUACGCUGCUGUGCGGGGCCUGCUUCGUGUUUGCCUUUUGGGGGCGGAACCUGCCCAAGAACUACAGCGAAGCCCGCCUCCAGACGGUCAGCAUGCUGGUUUUUCUCAUGGCCUGGGGCUGCUUUAUGCUCAUUUACACCACCACGGAAGGGAAAGGGAAGCAGAUCGCUGCCCUGCAGAUGUUCACCGUUCAGACCAGCGUCUACGCCAUCCUGUGCACCUUCUUCCUCCCGAAAUGCUACAUCAUCCUCUUCAAGCCGCAAGCCAACACCGUCGCUCACUUCCAGACCUGCAUCCAGGCCUACACGACCACCACCCGCAACUCUGCCAAGUAA